UUUGUAUGCCUUUCAAAUAUACUUGUCACUUGUUUGCUUUGAUUUUGUUUGGGCUAACUCGUUUUGUAUAAAUUCCUAUAAUUCGAAUAGUGUUGUAUUGUUAAAAAGGAGAACAAGACCGUCAUUGAACAGGGGUUGAACGAAAUGUGACGUUCAGUGAUAUUACCACAUUUAGGUAUGCUAAAAUUAUCGGAUGAUCAAGGCCUGCGAAAGGUUUGUCUCCUGAUUUAUCACGGAUCAAAGUUCAGAUGCACAGGAAUUAAAUACGUUGAUCCAAUGUAAAUUAGACGAUAAGCACAAGAAGGCCUUGACUGUUUUCACUUAAACAACUCAUUGAAAUAUUUUAAUAAAAAUUAUGCUGGACUUCGUUUAUCAGAGUACUAACGAAUUGGAAGUUAUGUUGUAAUUUGACGCCGUAAUUGGGCUCAUUUACCAGUGGGUGAAAAGUCGAAAACAUGUCCUGCCGUGUGGGUAAUAAAUUUUGGGAAAUUGGGGACAACUCCGCUGAAAUGUUAUAAUUGUAGACUAAGAUGAGGCAUAAGUGUUUUUCAUUUUCUUCAAACUAUGCACUCUUUAGCUGAAGAAUUAGAAAAGGUGUAAUAACUGUAAUGAUCAAAUUAAGCAAUGCCCUAGGGAAAUUGUGACAUUUUCGGAAAUUACCAGCUAGCAGACGAUUGUUUUUUUUUAAACCCACAGAAUUUCACAUUGUUAAGGUUAAAUGUGUUGAUCAACCUACAAAUGGAAACAGAACAAUCUCUACUGCCAAUAAAUAUAUACAUAAGGUAUGGGAAAAAAUAUCCAGAAAUAUUACAAAGUGGAAAAAACAAUUCAGGGAUUGUUAGCCUGCAGAUACCACGGAUAGAUUACUUUUCCGUUGCAUUGAAUAACUUAAACUGUACCAAGUGUUCAAUUGUAUAAACAGGUUGUUUCCCUUGAUUAAAGACGGUUUAAGACAAGUCUCCAUAUAAUUACUCGUAAAAUUCAAUAAGCGUCACUUUUGUAACAUGCAUGACAAGCUGUUAAAGCGCCAAUGUGAUAAACCAAGUAUAUUUCUGCUUAUCUUUGAAUAGUAGAUACAUUGAAUAGUUUUAAAAAUUUCAAAAUACGAGUAAUGCAAUAUUUGACUUUAUAAUUUAUGUAUUUGGAUUGUAAUAAAAAGCAAAUUUAUAUAGCUGAUUUUCGAGUAGUCCAUAAAUGCAAUUACAUGUUCAUAGCGUUUGUGUAUCAUACGUGAACAAGCCCUGUGUUCACAAAACAUUUUCAGUCUCAGCUGAGUUUGAUAAUGAAACUUUAUUUGUCAUUUAUAUCUAAAUAGCAUGUUUAAAACUAAAUUUUAAUUUAAUAACUAUUUUAAAGUGGCUAUUCAGUACUGAUGGUAAGUCAGAGUUGGAAUUUAACCAUGAAGUUUUAGUAAAAUUGAAAAUUGGAUUAAAAACUCAAACUCAGCUGAGUCCGAAAAAUGUUUUGUGAACACGGGACCAGGAAUAUCAGACGUUUAGGGCUCUCGACCUAUAAAUAAAAGAGAUACGUUACUGGGUAUCAAAAACAUCGGUACGUGGGAAUAGUGUGGUUGUCGAAAGGUGGUUGUGUAAACAGCUAUAACACGUGAAAAUCUUAAUUAAGCAUUAAGAAGACAAGGCACUGGAAGAGCAUCGAACUAUGCCAGGAACAUCACAAUCUCCCGAAAAGGUCCAGAAUACAUCUAACGUUUUGACCACUACACAGCAACAGGUGGUGAAGGAAACAUGGUCCCUCGUGUAUGCAGAUGCCGGGACAAAUGGACUAGAACUUUUUAUGAGGCUUUUCAGACAAAUUCCACAUGCCAAAGGAUAUUUUGAAAAGUUCAAGGACGAGUCGGAAGAAAGUCUGAAACAGAGUGAACUCUUAAAAUUUCAUAUAACCAAAAUGAUGGACAGUAUGAAUUUUCUUGUUGGUAACCUUGGAAACACAGACUGUCUCGUGAAGGAGAUUCAGACAUUAGCACGUGAUCAUAAAGAAAGACGUGUGACGUCACAUGAUUUUAAGCUUGUUUUCGGAAUCCUACAAAACUUACUGAAAGACAUGCUAGGUGAUAAAUUUGAUGACGUGACAGCUACGUCAUGGAAAACAUGUUGUGAUAUUAUUUGGAACAUUGUAGACGCAGAAAUGCAGAAAACUUGACUUCGUUAAGAAAAAAGGGCGCAGAAUUAUCAUUCAUUGGACAUUACUUUUAUCGCUUUAAAAUGUGCAAUAUCAGUUCAAAAUUAUUGCAACACGUUUUCAUUUGGUUAAAUUACAAGUUCUUCUCGAACAACUUUUCUUUAACCGUUGGCAUAUUCAACAGUAUCACAAUGUAGUUAAUUGUGUUUUGAUAAAAUUAAUAUUUUGUGAAAUAAAUCAGUGAUAUUAAAGAAGGAA